GUUGAGGAGGUUGUUAAUGUGUCGAGGGGGCGGACACAGCGGGACUCUCCUCUGCUGUCCUGCGGUAACAUUGUUGUGGAACGACGUCACAGCUCGAAAAUGAAGGCGCAGAGGCAGCCAUUACUGGAGCUUCUCUAAUUAUUUUAUUCCAAAUAAAUACUCGCGGAAAACUCCCAUGGCAAGAGCUACAAGUCAGCUGUAUGAUGUUGUGCCCAUUCAGCCCAGCGUUGUCAUCUGUUCCUGCUCGCAUCCAUCAAUGGUAAGAAACCACCCUGACUCCUGCUCGCCACUUGCUAUCCCAGGCGCAAGCAGCAGCCACUGCCCUAGCAUGGAGGGCUCGGCCCCGGCCUCAGAGGCUCGCGCCGUCGGAGCGUCCGCCAGUGGCCAGGGCUCCGAGCUCCGCGCACAGCAAGCCGUCCAGGCCCCACAGCCACGCAAGAAGAAGCCAGAGGACUUCAAGUUUGGCAAAAUCCUCGGAGAGGGCUCCUUCUCAACGGUUGUCCUGGCAAAAGAGCAAGUAACAGGGAAAGAGUAUGCAAUUAAGAUAUUAGAGAAGCACCAUAUUAUGAAGGAGAAGAAAGCCCAGUACGUGAAAAGAGAAAGGGAUUUGAUGUCAAAUCUAGAUCACCCAUUCUUCGUCAAGCUCUACUUCACAUUUCAAGAUGACGAGAAGUUGUAUUUUGGUCUCAGCUACGCUAAAAAUGGCGAGCUCCUGAAAUACAUUCGCAAAAUUGGUUCAUUUGAUGAGACCUGCACGAGAUUCUACUCCGCUGAAAUAGUUUGUGCUCUAGAAUACUUACACAAUAAGGGGAUAAUACACAGAGACCUAAAACCAGAAAAUAUUCUUCUGAGUGAAGACAUGCACAUUCAGAUCACAGAUUUUGGGACGGCAAAACAGUUAUCAUCUGACAGUAAACAAGCGAGAGCGAACUCGUUUGUGGGAACAGCGCAGUACGUUUCUCCAGAGCUGCUAACAGAGAAAUCAGCCUGCAAGAGCUCGGACCUGUGGGCCUUGGGAUGUAUUAUCUAUCAGCUGGUGGCUGGUUUACCACCGUUCAGAGCUGCAAACGAGUACCUAAUAUUCCAGAAGAUAAUAAAGCUGGAGUACGAAUUUCCAGAGAAAUUCUUCCCCAAAGCCAAGGAUCUUGUUGAACAGCUUUUGUCACUGGACCCUUCCAAGCGGCUCGGCUGUGAAGAGAUGGGCGGGUACAACCCACUGAAACAACACCCAUUCUUCGACAGCAUCUCCUGGAGCAACCUCCACCUACAAACUCCCCCCAAACUCACGCCCUACCUGCCAGCCAUGUCCGAAGACGACGAGGACUGCUACGGCAACUACGACGACCUCCUGAGCCAGUUCAGCAACAUGCAGGUGGCCCAGUCCAGCUCCUCACACUCCCUGUCGCCGCACGACUCCACGCCGCCGCAGAGGUCCAGCAGCAACAUCGAGCAGUACAUCCACGACCUGGACAACAACUCCUUCGAGCUGGACCUGCAGUUCACCGAGGAGGAGAAGCGGCUAUUGCUGGACAAACAGACCUCUGGAAACCCCUGGCAUCAGUUUGUGGAAAAUAACCUGAUCUUGAAAAUGGGUCCAGUGGAUAAACGGAAGGGUCUGUUUGCUCGACGGAGACAGCUGCUCCUCACUGAAGGACCACACCUGUACUAUGUGGACCCUGUCAACAGGGUCCUGAAAGGGGAGAUUCCUUGGUCCUUAGAGCUACGCCCCGAAGCCAAGAACUUCAAAACCUUCUUUGUUCACACGCCUAACCGGACAUAUUAUUUGAUGGACCCCAGCGGAAACGCGGACAGAUGGUGCAAGAAGAUCCAGGAAGUGUGGAGAAAGAUCUAUCAAAGGCACCAAAACCCCGGCCUAUAGGAGCACAGCUCAUCCUGUGCCCACUUCUCUUUAGCUCCGAGGCCAAUCACUGAGCAGAGUAACACCCUCUUUAGUGCCCUUCAUCACCGCAAUGUAAACAAACUCUUAGAGACGCUGGCAUCUAGACCUUGUUUGUUAUCCUGAGUAAAAUCAUGGGAAAAAUACAACUUUGGAUUCAGGGUUGCUUUGCUUGUUCUUUGUGCUCUCUGUGAGGCUUCUAUUGCAUUUUUUUUUCCCAUGUAUGAAUGAUAAGACUUCCACCAUGCACAUCUGCUUUUUGUACAUUCUGCAAGGGGGAAGAGAAGGGCAAGCUUGUCUUAUUGAAUGACACAAGCUUGGGUACCCGCUAGGACUAUCUCAAAACGCAAGGACUGGUUUCCUGCUUCAACGAUAACUCAGAAUCUAGCUGGUCUGAACCGGAGCCUGUCAUGAUAUCUUCAUUAAACCAUAUCCUAAUCCUACAUCUUACAUGCAAGCAGUAGUCAAGCCCCACUUCCAGUGCAUAUACUCUAGAAUUGUAACAGAUGCUGUAAACCCAUUCAGUCUCACUCAGAUCCUGCAUAAGGUUUUAUUUUUUUUAUAUAUUCUUUUUUUUUUUGUCGGAGCCCAAAAAUUUCUACACAUUCAAGUUUUGUUUUUGUUUUGUUUUUGUGUGUGUUUUGUUUUUUGGUUUCUUGGUACUUGCUUGUUGCAACCAGUUAAGGUCUCCACGUAACACGGCAGAGUGCCGGUCUGCAGUGAGACAUGGGUCCGAUCCAGUCUCUGUGUAAGUGUGAGCCUUCCAUAGCCGUUACUGAGGAUGUUUUGCUAACAGGGGGCGGGUAAACAUGCCACUAGCUUGUACUUCCUAAUCAGAACUUGCUUAUCUUUCCUGCAUGGCCAGUUUCGUAGCUCAGCCUUGUGCGCUUCUCUCUCCCAGGGCACUGGAGAUAUAGUUUAUUCAAGUUUAAAGGUGGGUAUUUUUGACUGCAUUGGCAACCAUAGCGAAUAUUAUUGGAUGAUUUGGUUGUUCUGUACCAUUCACUGGCUAUUUCUUUGUGGUGUGAAUUUUUUCGACUUUUUUUUUUUUUCCUUUUGGUGACCUAGUCACCUCAUCCUCAGCACGUCCUUAUUGAAAACAGAAUCUUAUGUGCUGACCACCCCAUGCUGAACAGAAAUCCUUCAUCAACAGAGAUAUACACUCACACAUAGAUACACUAUCAUCCUCAGAAGCAAUCACAGUAAAGCUGUUGUCCCUGGACAAGAUGGCAGAACUGCCUCAUCGGCCGAUCGGCCCAAUAUUUUAUUCUAUUUUGUUUAUUUUUUUGUUUUGUUUUUUUAUUUCCUUCUCAUUCAUUCUGAUGUUUGGCCCAAUAGAAAUUAAAGCGAUUGAUUUACCUUGUGCUCUUGUUUUAGCAAUAUGUAUGAUCAUAAUGCUUUUAAUUUUGGACAUAGUACCUUAAGGUCCUUUCCAAAGGUCCUCUUCCUUCAGCUGAGUCUGUGUGUGCAGUGUGUGACCGGGACCCUCCGGCCCAGGGCUCCAUGUGGUUGGAUGUCAGUUCAAAGGAUAUCUAUUUGAUCCAAAUAACCGAAGAAAUUGCUGUAUCUGUCUAUAAAGUCGAGGAGACGCCAGACAAGUGUUCCUCCUCUAGUUAGAAAAAUAGUUUGAAUCAAGGUGAUGGCAGUCGGUUACAUUGUGUAUGGAUUACUCUACCUGGCUUGUAACUGACUAGAACUGUGAUGUACAGAUGAUGUAUUAUUAAAAUCUGAAGCAAGUAAUGCAAUGAUAUUAGGAUACAGUUUUUGUAUUUUUAUUCUUGUAUAAGGUUAUUUGAUGGCUAUUGUUUAGCCUAUAGUUCAUUCUGUGUUAUUUAAAUUCUAAUAUAUGAAUCAUAUUUGGAUUGAAGUCAUGUUCAGGGGCCAUGUUGUGUAUGUAUUGAGAUGUAAAGCCUUUGAAUGUGAAUAAUUAUUGUAAACUAUAAUAUUUUACAGCUUUUUUUCUUACUAUAUCAUACAUUUUCUAUUUGCUCAGUGAUUUAAUCAUAUUCUGAUAAUUUAAUGAACCUGUUCAUUCUCUCUCUGAUUAUUUGUGCGCUAGGUCAGUAGAUGUUGAAUGAUGAAUUUUCCACUUAAUGCUUGGUAGUCCAGUGAUUAAAGCAUGUAGGGAUUUAGGCAUACAAAUAAA